AUGUCUCACGAGCCAGGCGAAACGAGUUCACCACUCGAGAAGCUGGAGAAGAUCGACACCGCCACUUCGCAGAAGCCUGCCGAACUCGUCCCUGAUGUAGAGUCGAUACUAGAAGCCAUCGAAGUGGGAAGCGCCGACGAUGGCGAGCCAGACGAGAAGCAAAACAACAAGGAUCUUGAGAAGGCUCCCACUCGAGCCAGCAGAGCGAGUAGUAAGAAGAGCCGCAGAUCUGUAACGACUGCUCAGGACUGGGAUGGACCUGAUGAUCCUGAGAACCCAUACAACUGGUCGACGUGGAAGAAGAUGCGCCACUUCUGGCCAACGGCAUUCCUUGCAUUCGCGGUCACGGUUGGGUCGUCCUUGAUCUCCCCUGCGAACCAGGCUCUUCAGGAGGCCUUCCACGUCUCCAGGACUGCUGCAAUCGUGCCAUUGACAGUCUUUGUCGUGGGCUUGGGCCUAGGACCUCUUAUUGCAGCUCCAUUGAGCGAGAUGUACGGUCGAACGAUCGUGUACAAGAUCACAGCUCCUAUCUACAUCCUCUUCCUCGCCGGCGCUGGUGAAUCGAAGACCUUCGGCAGCUUGGUCGUUUGCCGGUUUCUAGCCGGUGUGGCAGGCGCCCCAGUGCUCGCUGUUGGAGCAGGAACGAACGCAGACAUGUUUCUUCCGCGAAACCGUGCCCCCGCGACUAGUACUUUCAUCAUGAUGCCGUUCCUUGGUCCAUCAAUGGGUCCCUUGAUCGGCGGCUUCGCAGUCUACUUCAAGAACUGGCAGUGGACAGUCUGGGCCAACAUCAUCAUCGCCGGCUUUGCAUUUCUGACCUGCCUGCCAAUGAGCGAGACGUACAAGAAGAUCGUCCUCCAAAAACGAGCCAAGAGACACGGCCUGCCUCCACCGCCAGGACCCAACGCCAGGACUUGGAAAUACUGGAAGACGCUGUUCAGCACGACCCUGAUUAGACCUGGCCACAUGCUUUUCACUGAACCCAUAGUGAUUCUCUUCGCCAUAUAUAACGCAUUCACCUUCUGCGUGCAGUUCGCAUUCUUCCCGGCUUUCCCACUUGUGUUUGGAGGAGUCUAUGGCUUCAAUACCUGGCAGACUGGUCUCGCGUACUUGGGUCUCGGAAUCGGCGUGCUUCUUGCCGCUUUAACAGCCAUGCUCACCGACCGAUUCAUCUACCGCAAGAAACACGCGAAAGCCCAGGCGGAAGGGAAAGGCCAAGUAGCGCCUGAAGAGCGUCUCUGGGCUGGCAUGCUCGGCGCCGUCGGACUGCCAAUUGGCCUCUUCUGGUUCGCCUGGACCGCCCGCAGCGACGUCCACUGGAUCUCGCCCAUCCUCGCCGGCAUCCCCUUCGCUUGGGGCAAUCUCGCGCUCUUCCUCUCUGCGUCCAUGUACCAGAUCGACGUCUACGGGCCCCUCAAUGGCGCUUCGGCGAUGGCAGCCAACGGCCUCCUUCGAUACGUCCUUGGAGGAUGUUUCCCGCUGUGGACAGUGCAGAUGUACGAGGCUAUGGGCAUCGGGUGGGCGACGUCUUUGCUGGGGUUCAUCUGUGUGCUGCUUCUUCCUAUACCGUAUGUGUUCUAUAAAUUUGGGCCGGGGAUCAGGAAGAGUAGUCGGUAUAGUGUGUUUAAGAACUGA